AUGUGCAUCGGUCGUCCUCUUUUUGCUGAUCUUACUGUUGCCUGUUCCUCUCCGGACCAUGAUUGGUCACGCAUGUUUUGGGACCGCCUGCAGCCAAUAUUGGUCCGAUUUCUAAGACAUCCACCCGCCGAGAUGAUUGCCUAUUUCCUCAUCUCUAAACCUGCAACAUCUAAAUUCAAAUUGCCCUCCGUUGCAAGCAUUCUUGAUGGUCUCACGAAAGUCGACCACAUUGGGAGACUCACUCCCACUUCCGAUCUGUCAAAGGUGGAACCUUCCAUUUUGGGUGGAGACGCCGAGGUGUGGGUAGAGGAGAGUUGCAAAACGCUGGUUUUGAUGGCUGAUGAAGCUGCUCUGCUAGUCUCUCUGGUCGACGAGGCUUGCGACAAAAACCACUUUGUGACAGGAGAGGAGCAUUCACUAUUCGUCGUGAGUCGUUACAUAAUCUGUAUUCCCACUGUCGCGGUUUUUACGCAUUUUCUAAUGCAAACAUAG